UUGACCAUAUUGGCCGUUACAGUUGUACAUCUCAAGAUGUCCUUUUCUGAGUGUUGUGCCUUUUUACUUCUCUUCGUGGGAUCUGUAUAUCAAUCAAGCACAGCACCAUUGGAGAAACUGUCCGACAACAAACUGUGUGCUGAUGUGGAGUGCGCAUAUGCUAUCUCACUGGCAAUAGCCUUGGAGGAUUAUGUUGCCCCUGACUGUAGGUUUAUUAACUUGAAACGGGAUCAGACGAUCUAUGUGUACUCCAAACUGCUGCCAGCAGAGGGUGCUGGAAUCUUCUGGUCUGGAAGUGUUUAUAGUGACCGAUAUGUGGAUCAGAUGGGCAUCAUUGGCUUCUUCCCGGGGAACUAUGUCAAUGAGACAUACACUUUCCAACAUGACACAGUCAAGAUCCCAACAACUGUUGCGGAAUUCCACUGUAUUUGAGAAGAGAGGGCAGAACUGCAUAAUGUUUGUACAUUUUGAUAUGUUCUCAAUUUAGACCUUGGGAAUCCUACCAGAUGAGGAUUUGAUCAGCUAUUCUCAUUGUUUGUCGUUGAACAGUGUUACAUUUGAGAGAGUGAUGAAAAAGAAUACCAUCGGCAUAGUGUGUCAACACUGAAGACAACAAAAUCUUGUGUGUAUUCUGGUUGAUAGUUACUUACUGCUACUUCAAGUAAAAAUUGGUUGCAUAUUGUAAUUUUAAUUCAAAUGUACCGCAUAUGUCAGUAAAAUUAUGUAAUGCUUUUCAAGGUCAUGCAUAUGGCAUUGGAGAGGGAGGUGGGCCGGGUCUGUCUGAUGAAGUGGGUCCAAUCAACCAUGUGAUCACAACCAGUGUGGGGAAGAGCAGAGUCUGCCUAGCUCUGCAUAUCACUAAUGAGAAAAGUUUUUAUGUACAAGAUGAGAAAAUGUUUUCAAAAGGAUGGUAUGUGAAGUUAUAUUGUGUAGUUGCAAUGAAAAACAGAUCUUUUGUGAAUUAGCAAUUUAAUAAUAAUAAUAAUAAUCACAUUUGCUCACAUUUACAUUUAAUGAUCAUUGUAAUAGUUUUGUGGGAAAUUCUGAAAUAUUUGUGUCAUUGAACAAUCUUCUCUGUAUCCCGUGCCUUUUGUUCUCUGUACCAGUGUUGAUUGGCUUGUGGGUGUUGUGGUGUGAGGGGGUGUUAGAGGUGAGCACUUGAACAUUGAAGGUAAUUAUUCUGAAGAGCGUUCAUUCUGUCUGCCCCCACAGUGGAAUGAAUAGAUGUUACCCAAUGACAGUCUGUUACGAACAUUGUGUCUAGGUGUCUUGUGUUUGACAUUCCACAUCAACAUUAAAAGCAUUUUAUGUACAAA